GAGGAGAGGAAAUGAAAAGAACAGGGAGAGGAGGAGGAGAGAAAACAGACGGACCCUGGGUUAGUCCUGAUUUACAACAGAGGAAAGAGUGAUCUGACUGAAGAAGGACUCUGACAGAUAUCGUCAGAACCUGGAAGUACUGAACUGUGAACGCCCUUCCAUCCCAUCAGAACCUGCUGCUGUCAAACCACAGAACUUCUACAGUCAGAGCAGGUUCUAGAAGUGGUCCACAGGUUCAGGAACCAGAUCCAACAGGGCUCUGGAACCAUAGUGGGUUCAGGAGUCUGAGUGGUUCAGGUUUAGGCAGAGUUCAGGACCUGGUUCAGUAUUAACAGUGUCAGCAGUGGGUGGGGGGGGGGACUCCUGCUUUCUCCUCUGACUUCAGGACUGACAGUGUGUUCCAGAAUGGGACCCAGACCCAGGUCCAGGUCCAGAUCCAGGUCCAGGUCCAGGUCCAGGUUUCCAUCUGUGCCACUGGUCCUGGUAGUAUUUUUGGUGUUUGCUGAUCCUGUAUUGUGCCGCAGUAACUCCUCUGGAUCUGAUCUGAUGAUGUCGGACCAGGCGGACCUCCACCACACUGAGCUCCCACUUGGACCAGGGCCGGACCAUCGGGUCCAGACCUCGGCCCAAGACCCAGAUCAGGUUCAAGAAACUCUGGACAAACCUCCAUCCUCACUGGAUCUCAGACGGUCCAAACCCAAAGAUGAGCCCCAGUCCAAACACAGACACAAGCCUCCACCCUCCAACUCUUCCAGGGUCGUUCACGUUCGUCCAGUUUCUCCUUCCUCCAACUCUUCCAGGGUCGUUCACGUUCGUCCAGUUUCUGCUUCCUCCAACUCUUCCAGGGUCGUUCACGUUCGUCCAGUUUCUGCUUCCUCCAACUCUUCCAGGGUCGUUCACGUUCGUCCAGUUUCUGCUUCCUCCAACUCUUCCAGGGUCGUUCACGUUCGUCCAGUUUCUGCUUCCUCCAACUCUUCCAGGGUCGUUCACGUUCGUCCAGUUUCUGCUUCCUCCAACUCUUCCAGGGUCGUUCACGUUCGUCCAGUUUCUGCUUCCUCCAACUCUUCCAGGGUCGUUCACGUUCGUCCAGUUUCUGCUUCCUCCAACUCUUCCAGGGUCGUUCACGUUCGUCCAGUUUCUGCUUCCUCCAACUCUUCCAGGGUCGUUCACGUUCGUCCAGUUUCUGCUUCCUCCAACUCUUCCAGGGUCGUUCACGUUCGUCCAGUUUCUCCUCCUCGGUGUCUGCAGGAAACCCUGAUAAAAACUGCCUUUAAGUACAUCAACACCAUGCUGUCCUGUGUCAUCUUCGCUGUGGGGAUCAUUGGAAACGCCACCCUGCUGAGGAUCAUCUACCAAAAUAAAAGCAUGAGGAACGGACCCAACGCUCUGAUCGCCAGCCUGGCUCUGGGAGACCUGAUCUACAUCACCAUCGACAUACCCAUCAACGUCUACAAGCUCCUGGCCAUGCGCUGGCCCUUCGCUGACAGUGUGUUGGGUCUGUUCCUCUGUAAGCUGUUCCCAUUCCUGCAGAAAGCUUCAGUCGGCAUCACCGUCCUCAACCUGUGUGCCCUGAGUGUGGACAGGUACCGCGCUGUGGCGUCCUGGUCACGUGUCCAGGGAACAGGCGUUCCCAUGGUAACAGCCGUGGAGAUCGUAGUGAUCUGGCUGCUGUCCGUUGUCCUGGCCGUUCCAGAGGCCGUCGGGUUCAACAUGGUGACCUUCGAAUACAAGAACGUCACCAUCAGAACGUGCAUGCUGCAGCCACGGAGUCCUUUCAUGACCUUCUACAAGGAUGCAAAGGACUGGUGGCUGUUUGGCUUUUACUUCUGUGUUCCUUUAGCCUGUUCUGCAGUUUUCUAUGGCCUGAUGACCUGUGAGAUGCUCCGACACCAGAAGGGAAGCCUCAGGAUCGCACUGAGUGAACACCUUAAACAGCGUAGAGAAGUAGCCAAAGCUGUGUUCUGCCUGGUGCUGAUCUUCGCUCUCUGCUGGUUUCCUCUGCAUCUGAGUCGUCUACUGAAGAAAACCAUCUACAGAGCCCAUGAUGCACACCGCUGUGAGCUGCUCAAUUUCCUGUUGGUGCUGGACUACCUCAGUAUCAACAUGGCUACCAUCAACUCCUGCAUCAAUCCCAUAAUCCUCUACUUUGUCUCCAAGAAGUUCAAAAACUGCUUCAAGUCGUGUCUGUGUUGCUGGUGUUCGUCUGUCUCUCUCUCUAACAGUACUCUUCCUCUCCACCAUGGGACCAGUCUGCAGUACAAACACCCUGAACACUAACAUUCUACUUCCAGUGCACAAACACAUCACUAGCAUCUUAGCAUGUCAGACACUCAAACAGACAAAACAAUCACAUCAACAUCCAAACCCAGGGAUGGAAAUGAGUUCUAACUCUGCAUGGACCACCCCAGCCUGGUGGAGAACACCCCAAACAACCCAGAGCAGGGGUCACUUCUACAGCCUGUUAGCUUCACCUGCUGGUUUAUGGUGACUAUGGACUGAAAUAUGAGGAGGGACAAAGAGCAGGAGGACCUGCAGCCAAAACCCAGGCUGCUGCAGGGGGGCUUCCCUCUGUCAGAUGAGCCCCCAGGACCCCCACAGAGCCGUGGUUUCCAAAUGCACGUGGACUGGUUUUUAUUGCAGCCAUUAUGGAAACAAGAUAUUCAGUCCACUUCAUUCCAUACGUCACCAGUUUACCACACUGCUCCCAUUACACUGGAGGAUCCUGGACCCUGAGGUGUCCAGACCCUCCACCAGGACCAGGACAGACGGACUCUGAUGACUGAAGCAUGGGGACCUUUUCUGGGACAAGACCACAGGCCAGACCAGACCAGUUUAUGUGCAAAGGAACGUCCAGUCCACUUAUUGAAGCUGCUGUCACAUAGAGAAGUGACCCCCAUGGGAAAGUGACCCCCCUGGAAAGUGACCCCCAUGGAAAGUGACCCCAUGGAAAAGUGACACCACCCCCCCAUGGAAAAGUGACCCCCUCCCAUGGUCACAGGUUACAGAAUUAUCACCCCUCUUAUGGAAAACUGACCCACCCCCAAUUUUUUACUUUUACAACAUAAACAUAAGCAAUGAAUACAAAUUCUAUGGCAGUGAAAAUAAAGUUUUACAACAUAGAGGACGAGGAUGGAGAGGAGAAGUAAAGCUGCAAUCUGCAACCUGCUUUCACCCAUUCACUGUUACAUAGUCUGUUACAAAUAUUACUGCAUUUUAUUUAUAUAUAUAUAUAUAUAUAUAUAUAUAUCCUCCAUGAUGCCCAGCAAUGCAUUUGUGUCCUCUGGAGUGGAAAAGAGUUUCACAGCUUUACUGUAAAAUAAAAAUUUACAUCAUGUCCACUGAAAAGGACAUUAUAUAAAAAAAAAAAAAAAAGAAAAAUGUAUCUGAAAAAACUGUUGCAUCAUGCUGUUCCCAAUAAAGGCAAUUAUUGAAUGUGAAAUGGCGAAAAUGUUUAUAUACAGGGUGGGGAAGCAAAAUGUACAAUAUUUUGAGGCAGGGAUUGAAAGACAGUGUAUGACCAAUUAGUUUAUUGAAAGUCAUGAGAAUUUAUUUGCCACAAGAAAAUGUCCAU